AUGGCAGAUUUACCACUGCAAAUGAAAGAAUCUGCUUCAAUGAAAUCGGAUGAUUUCAGCAUUGAUGAUUGUAUCUUUGACGCAUCAUUCGUUGACGAUACCCAUCAGUGUGAAGUUCAUCACCGAAGUGAGAGGCCACAUUCAGCUAAACCGAGGAGACCGAUGAGAACACUCGAAGGUCGCAUAAUCGAGAAUCCAGAAAAUAUUCAAGCAACAAGGCAAUGGAAUUCAUACUCGGCCGGAGAUCAAACCUAUCUGAUUUACGGCAUUGGAGCGUCAACUUCGCACCCUCGUCCAAUGCCCAAAUCAACUGUUGGCAUUCUUGAAGUGAGUAGUCUUGCUGAACACUUCGAAUCAUCUCCGAUGCGAUAUUUGUGA